AUGUAUGUGCCGAUACGAUGGCGUUCCCGCAAAGUUUGUCCGUGGAGCAAGUCCGUCAGAUCCUAAGCGAAGUCAUAGACGCGCUCGAGAGCCCGGACUACUCGCCCAAGCUGGACGAAGCUAAGGAGGCAGCAGGGAAUGAGAUGCUGAAGAUGAUGCAGAUUGUGUUCCCGAUUGUGGCUCAGAUCGAAAUGGAAACUAUUAAACAUCAUGGCUUCAGUAAUACUAGAGAAGGUUUGGUACAGUUCACACAACUGAUCCGCAAGAUGGAGAGUGUUGACGGCGAGGUGGCCCGACUACACAGCCAGAUCCGCAGCCACUAUCUGCCUCCAGUAUCAAUCAGUUCUACUGUGGAUACUUCGCUCUAGGUCCAUGUCCAGUAAUGAAAAGAAUCUCAAGAACGUGACAAUGAUGUCAUUCAAAAGGAGAAAAUACAAACUUUUGCUGUGUGUGUGUGUAGUUAUCAGUGUCUACUAUUUGUUAGGCAUAAACGAUUAUGUGAAUGCUAGAAGAAUUGAAGAUGGCUUCGACUAUCCCCUCAAUAUGGACAUACAACCGCUACUGCAGGAAGUCAUGGCGGGGAAGAAGCCGAGUGUUCCACCGAUCAACUAUUACCCAUACAGGUUCCUGACUAACUCCGGAAAGUGCAAUACCGUGGAGAAGCUAGAUUUGUUUAUAGUAGUCAAAUCGGCGAUGGACCACUUCGGCCACAGAAACGCGGUGCGUCUAACGUAUGGCCAAGAAAACUUGAUUCCAGGCCGCAUCGUCAAAAGUCUAUUCUUUGUUGGCAUAGACGAAAGCUACCCCAAAUCGGAGACGCAAAAGAAAAUCGACGAGGAGAUGGUGCAGUUCAAGGAUAUCAUCCAGAUAGACUUCCGCGACAAUUACUACAACAACACCAUAAAGACUAUGAUGUCGUUCCGCUGGGUUUACGAACACUGCAACACGGCGGAUUAUUACUUGUUUACCGACGAUGAUAUGUACAUAUCUGUCAACAACCUGCUGGAUUAUGUGCACGAUAAGCCGGUGCCGACCAGUACUGGACACGGUGACGAGCAAUUGUACGCCGGUUAUGUAUUCGAGAGCACUCCGCAGCGAUUUAUAACGAGCAAAUGGAGAGUUUCGUUGGAGGAGUACCCUUGGAGCAAAUGGCCGAGCUACGUGACGGCCGGAGCUUACGUUGUGUCGAACAAAUCUAUGAAGACCAUGUAUGCUGGCAGUCUGUUUGUUAAACACUUCAGAUUCGAUGACAUUUACCUGGGCAUACUGGCGAAGAAGGUGGGCUUAGUGCCGCAGCACUGUCCUCGGUUUCAUUUCUACAAGAAGAAGUAUGAUAAAGAAGGAUACAGAGACGUCAUAGCGUCCCACGGAUAUCAUGACCAUGACGAACUGGUUCGAGUGUGGAAUGAACAGAACAACAUCAGUAACAAAGGUUAACUUUAGUUUUGAACUAUUGUGUAUUGCUUCUGUAUGUACAAGGAAAAAGAUCUUGUAGAAUAUUGAUGUUACAUCAUGUAUUGGAAAUAGUACCUUAAAAUUUUGUCAGCAUGAUGGUCCUUUAUUAAUUGGUGUUAUAUCUUUGAUGGAUAUUUGCAAUUUAGGUUUUCUAUCUCACCAAAGAAUUGGAUAUUUUAUUUAAAUCUAAAGUAAUUAAACAGAUACACAGUAUCUCGAUUAUUUGUGCAUAGUAAGGGUACAAUAUGAGUACCUCAAAAAAUCUAUUCUUUCGAGUAUUUUUUGCUCAAUAAAACAUAUUUCCACCAAGACUGAGUAAAAGAAUGGUGAAUGUUAGUUACAUUUUCAUAGUACUUCAAUCAUUAAUACAUAGGUACAUUGAAUGAAAGAAAUGUCUGGUUGUAAUCUAAAAUUAAUAGCAUGUCUGGUAAUGUAAACCUUUAGGUUAGUUUUUCUUGUAAUCAUUAUUUAGUUUAGUUUCAAAUAGUACUUUAUUUAUAAAUCUUUACCCAGAGCACAAUUAAAUAUUGUUAUAUUUUUAAUGAAAAACAAAACAGCGACGCUAUGGUUAUAAAGGAAAACGAUCACGGGAGUUAUUCGUGCUCAGGGUACUGGUAUAGUAUUCUUAUGCUACGUCUAGCUAUAAUAAUAAUGAAUAUCCUAUAUAACGUUUUUAUAAUCAAAUCAUCAUGAAAAAUAAUAAAUAGCUACCUACUGUUCAAUUAUAUUGUUAGAUUCAUUUUGAACAAUGU